AUGAAGCCUCUCUCUGUUCUCGCGCUCUUCGCCGCCACUGCCCUGGCUCUCCCUACGGGAGAAAAGGGUGGUGACAAAGACGUUAAGCAAACGUACCCUCCGCCUCCCGAAAAGAGCGGAGACAACUACCCGACUCCCACGAAGCACGAGGUAGAGAAGACUCCGACACCUCCCAAGCACGAGGACGACAAGGACAAGUAUCCCGAACCGCCGAAGCAUGACGACGACAAGGACAAGUAUCCCGAUCCGCCAAAGCAUGAGGACAAGAACAAUACUCCGACACCACCCAAGCACGAGGACGACAAGGACAAGUAUCCCGAUCCGCCAAAGCAUGAAGACAAGGACAAAACUCCUCCUCCGAAGCAUGAGGAGGAGAAGGACAAGACGCCACCUCCUCCAAAGCACGAGGACGACAAGGACAAGUACCCUCAGCCCCCAAAGCAUGAUGACGACAACACCACCAACCCUCCCAAGCACGACGACAAGGACAAGUACCCCCAGCCCCCGAAGCACGAUGACGACAACACCACCAACCCUCCCAAGCACGACGACAAGGACAAUUAUCCUCCGCCUCAGCAUGAGGACAAGACCACCACCCUUCCCAAGGAUGACAACUCCAAGGACAAGACCUCGACUCCCCCGAAGCACGAGGACAAGGAGGACAAGUACCCCAGCCUCCCAAAGCAUGAUGACGACAAUGCCGGCGACUCUCCCAAGGGCGAUGAACAUGACCACAACGACAACCACACGCCGCCUCAACAUGAUGACAAGACCAACACCUUCCCCCUGCCUGGGCAUGACCAUGAUGAAUCCGACAAGCACGAUAAAGACGAUUCUGGUCUGCCGCUUGAAGACUUGAAGAAACUCCUAGGUGGCCUUAUGUAA